AUGCCAGGCGAAAAUAUCUUCCUGUUCGUGCCUAACCUCAUCGGUUAUGGCCGGAUCAUCUUCGCCAUCAUUUCUUUCUACUUCAUGCCCUGCUGCCCCCUCACGGCCUCGUUCUUCUACCUGCUCAGCGGACUUCUGGACGCUUUCGAUGGACAUGCCGCCCGAGCCCUUAAUCAAGGGACCCGGUUUGGGGCCAUGCUGGACAUGCUUACAGAUCGCUGCUCCACCAUGUGUCUGCUGGUCAACCUGGCCCUGCUGUACCCUCGAGCAACCCUUCUUUUUCAGCUCAGCAUGAGCUUGGACGUGGCCAGUCACUGGUUGCACCUCCACAGUUCUGUGGUACAAGGCAGUGAGAGUCACAAAAUGAUCGACCUGUCUGGGAAUCCGGUGCUUCGGAUCUACUAUACCUCCAGACCUGCUCUCUUCACCCUGUGUGCUGGAAACGAGCUGUUCUACUGCCUCCUCUACCUGUUCAACUUCACCGAGGGACCACUAGUUGGUUCCGUGGGGCUUUUCCGGAUGGGCCUCUGGAUCACCGCCCCCAUUGCCUUGCUCAAGUCCCUCAUCAGCGUCGUCCACCUCAUCACAGCUGCCCGAAACAUGGCUGCCCUGGAUGCGGCAGACCGUGCCAAGAAGAAGUGA